UGCGUGAAUGGUAAUAGUGUUCAGAGCGGCAACAGCGCCAUUUGCACGAACUUCACUCUCCGCUAGUGCGUCCAAGCAGAGCGAACAGGUUAGAACUCGUUUUUGCGUUGCAGAGAGAAAAAAGUGAUAUUGCAAGUGUUUUUACGCGAUAUUUGAUCCGAAAACUGAUGUACAGACAUAUAAAAUGGUGCGCAACUAUAAACGAAAAACAGAUCGUGGCAAAUGGAACGAAGAAGAUAUGAGAAGAGCAGUAGCUGCUGUUCUUACUGAUAGAAUGGGAUUUCUUCGAGCCUCGGCUACUUACGAUGUUCCGAAGUCGACCUUAGAACGACGAGUAAGAAAAGCUCGUGAAACUGUUAAUGACGACACUGAUUCUGAUAACGACUGCGGGAAAAAACAUUUGGGAAGAUUCAAAACUGUUUUCACAGCCGAGCAAGAAAAUGAGCUGGCGGAGUAUGUGAAAUCUAUGGAAGCACGGCUUUUUGGUUUAACGGGAAAAGAGCUUCGUAUUAUAGCUUAUCAGUUAGCUCAGCGUAAUCACAUAGAUAACCCAUUUAAUACAGAAACUGGUAUGGCAGGAGAAGAUUGGCUCAGCGGGUUUUUAAAACGACACCCUGAUCUAGCAUACAGACGUCCAGAACCAACUUCAGCUGCAAGAGCGAUGGGUUUUAACAGAGUGGCAGUCAACAAUUUUUUUAAAUUGUUGGAAAAUGUUAUAGAUAAACAUAAACUGACACCUGAAAGGAUCUACAAUGUAGACGAAACGGGGAUCAGUACUGUUCCCAAAAGUCAGUCUAAGAUAUUGUCAAUGAAGGGUCAGAAGCAAGUCGGCUGCCUCUCAUCAGCAGAGAGAGGCCAGUUGGUCACUGCUGAAAUUUGUUUUAAUGCCGUUGGCACCUAUGUCCCACCAAUGCUAAUAUACGCUCGGAAGCGCAUGAAAGAAGAACUUUUGGAUGAUGCUCCGUCAGGGUUUUGGGGAACUUGCAGUGACAAUGGCUGGAUUACUACAAAAAUAUUUUUUGAUUGGUUUAAAUCAUUCGUGCAGUUUGCACAACCGACAAAAGAAAAGCCUAUAUUGCUUCUGUUAGACGGUCACUCUUCACAUACCAAAAAUAUUGACCUUAUAGAUUAUGCAAGAGAAAAUAAUGUGAUUUUAUUAUGUACACCACCACAUUGUACUCACAAAUUGCAGCCUUUAGACGUGUCUUUCAUGAGACCUUUAAGCACGUACUACAGUGCAGAAGUUAAAAAAUGGCUGAGAGAUCACCCUGGUCGCGUGGUUACACCAUAUCAAGUGGCAAAACUUUUUGGACAAGCUUACUUGACAGCAGCUACAAUGCUCACAGCCAUAAAUGGAUUUCGGAAAUGUGGUAUAUGGCCAUUAGAUAAAAAUGUUUUUACGGAUGCUGAUUUCAUAGCUGCGGAGACGACUAACACAGAAAAUCUGGCAAGAGAAGAGCUAAAUAUGGAAAAUGCUCCAUCAACUUCGACAUCCGAACCAGCAAUCACUGAAGAAAAUCUCUCGCGGCCAUCCCCUUCAGUUCACCUUGGACAAAUCUCGUCUGCAACCCAGCAAAAUAAUGUACCUUCUUCAGUUAUUUGUUCCCAGGCUGAAAAUAGUCGUGGUCGAACCACAUCAGAAAAUCAAGAAAACAUCAUUACUAACCCAAACUUACAAAUUGAUGAAGGAGGUGGUUCAGAACCUCUGAUAUCCUCAGAAAAUGCUGUACAUCCAGUUUUAUCCACUGAAAAAGAAGAUAUUGCUGAACCAGCCACAUCUUUUUUGAAUAACAAUGAUGCCCUGAUUUUGUUGAAUUCUCAAAUUGACAUUUCUGUGACUACCACGUCUUCUCAAAACGUUGCUGCAGAUGCUGAUUUCAAUAGAUAUUCUCCAGAGAUUAUUAAUACUAGAAGGAGCCCUGAAAAAACAUUGGCCGAGCAACCUUCAACGUCGACAUUUCGAGCUAAAGACAAAACUCCCGAAAGGCAAAUAAAAAUAAAUUUUCUGGUAAGUCCUGAAAAUAUUAUGGCUAUACCUAAAGAAGUUAGAACUCAGGAGAGGAAGACUAGGAAACGAGGGAAGACUGCAAUACUAACUGAAUCACCUUACAAAAAUGAACUCAUGAAAGAUAUAAGUAUUAAAGAAGGUAAAAAUAAAAAAAAGACUGAUAAUCAAGUGAUUCAAAAACGUAAAAAACAAAUGAAGAAACCUGGAAAAAAGACUGCAAAGAAGAUUAAAAAGACAACUGACAAGGAAAACUUGCAGAAAAAGCGUCAAACCAAAAGGUGCAAAAAUGAAACUGAAUCGGAAGAUAGUUCAUCCCAAGAAGAGGAGGAUGACUGUGCUUGCAUCUAUUGUGGGUACUUAUACUCAGAUUCAACUGAGGGUUGGGUCAUUUGCGGCGUGUGUCACGGUUGGGCGCAUAAUUCAUGUGCUGGAGUAGAUGAGGAAGACGAAGAGGCACACAUUUGUGAACACUGUCUACCUGAUUAAAAAGCAUACUCGUUUUGCCCCACAGCGUUUCCCAUCAUGCCCCAGUUAUGGGGCAAAACGGGAAAUUUGCCGAGUUUACUAUUAAAUUAUUUGCCAAAAAAAGUUCUGUGAUUUUGCAUGCUACAAAGUUUAAUUAUAAGAGAGAAAUGUAUAAUGGUUACCUCUUUUGUUAAAGAAUGAUAUUAAAGAGUUUAAUUUUCUUUGUAUAACGAGUUUUGUCUUAGCUA